CCUGCCUCUCUCUCUUGCUUUCAGCAGAAGAAUGAAGCUCCGUGCAGCUUCUCAGUGAGAUUGAUUCGAUUCAUUUUCAUCACUGUCCGUCGCAGCUCAAUCUCGUCUCCUCCUCCGCCGCCGCCGGCGGGAAAGAAAGCUGUAAGUGCUGCAAUCCCAUAAUGGCUCAAAGCCGAGCUUCUUUCCCUCUUGCGUUUGUACGUUCUGCCGCAUUUCUCCUGCCAACGGGAGGUCCCGCCGAUUAGCUUACCUUUCGCCUCUGCCGGUCACACAGCUCGGCUGGCGCUCGUCGUGUGGCCCUGGCCGCUGCCUGCAUUAGACGGCUCGGAUUUUUUCACUUUCUUCUGCAUUUAGAGUCGCGUGUCACGUUAAACGCCUCCAGUGAGUUCAUAAUCUUCUGAUCAAAUAGUCGGCGUUGCUCUGGAAGAUUUCGGUUCCACUCUGAAAUCGCUUUUCCUUAUCUGAUUCGAGGAUCAGUUAGAGAUGGAGGCAACAGCUUGUGGAUGGGUGGUUCGAUUCACACCUCACAUCUGUUUGAAUAAAUCUGGAGGGAAAGAGACUGCUUCUGUUACAUUGAAUCAUAAGGGAAGGAAAGCAAAUGGAAGCAUUCGACAUGUCAGUAUGAGUUAUCUGCAAUGCAGAAGAGUGCCUAUUGGGCACAAAAUGAGGCCCUCCAUGGAGCUUUCACGCUCUCGUAAGGAUUUUCACGCUACUACAAUUGGAUCUAGUUAUUUUCACGCUUCCAUUGAUGAACGUUGGCUGCUGAAGACAAAGGGCGAUGAAGUCAGCUCAUGCUUGGAUGGGCGCUCCAUAUUUCUUGUCGGAAUGAUGGGUUCUGGAAAAACAACCGUGGGGAAGAUAUUGUCAGAAGCAUUAGGUUAUUCUUUUGUUGACAGCGACAAAUAUGUGGAGCAGGUCAUGGGCGGGGCUUCGGUUGAUCGUAUCUUCAGUCAGUGUGGUGAGAGUUUCUUCAGAGAUUACGAGAGUGAAGCAUUGCGGAGGUUGUCCUUAAUGCCCCAGCAGGUCGUGGCAACUGGUGGUGGUGCAGUUAUUCGCCCAAUAAACUGGGAAUACAUGAAGCAAGGUGUAACUGUCUAUUUAGAUGUACCUUUGGAUGCCCUAGCAAAGAGGAUUGCUGCAGUUGGAACUGAGUCUCGACCUCUCUUACGCUUUGAAUCUGGUGAUGCCUAUACAAAGGUCUUUGUGGGACUUUUCACUCUCUCGAAAAAGAGAGGUCCAUCAUAUGCAAGUGCUGAUGUCACAGUUUCUGUUCUAGAUCUUGCUAGAAGUUUGAGCGUGGAAGAUAUUUCAGAUAUCACACCUACUGCUAUAGCAAUUGAGGUGCUUGUACAAAUUGAGAAGUACCUCCGUGGCGAUAACGUGUCCACGCGGAUGCUCCCUUAAUUACUUCAAACUUUCUAAUGAAUGUUACACGAAGUGGUCCUCUUCCUUCUACUGAAUUUGUAAUAGUCUCUCAUAUUAAAAGGGGGAAAACAAAUUUGUGAUAGUCACUGUCUGCGUCUGUGUCUUAGGGCUGAAAUUCGGAGCUGGUUCGUUCUGUUACAGUCCUCUCAUCAGAUGUGUAGGGGAAGAAUGAUUGUUAUAUUUGUUCAGGGAGAAAGUGCUGGGUUCAAUCAUCUAUUACAAGGUUCUCGUGUUGAGAAAUGAAAUAUCAAUAGUGUGUAUGCGUCUUAA